AUGUCAUCAGAUCAAUUAAAACAAUCAUUUUUAUCAUUUUGUAAUUUUGUUAAAAAAGGUUCUAUUACAGCAACUGAUAAAACCAUUAAAAAAUUAUGUACAGAUUGUCAAAUUUAUUCAAAAAAUUUAGAUACAAAUCGUAUUGAUAUUGAAUUUCGUGCACAUAUUGGAAGUACUAAAAGAGACGUUGAUUUCCCAGGAUUUGUAAGUUUUCUGGAAGGUCGAUUAGCAAAAGUUUAUGCCGCUGCCAACGGUAUGGAACAUGAAGAUGCAGUAAUUGAGCUUAAACGUAAAAUAGCUGAAACAUCACCAGCGAUUCAUGGUGGUACUAAAAUUAGCUCUGAUCCAACAACAUCUAGAUUGACAAAUGUAAAAACAUUUACUGGUUCACAUAAAGAACGUUUUGAUAUAGAAACUGGUAAAGGUUUAGGUAAAGCUGGUCGUGUUGAUCCAUCACCAUGUUUUACUACUAGUGGAAUAUCAGAGCCAAGAAAAUAA